AGCUUAUUAACCGUGUACUAAUAUGAUCUUAUCAGCAUCAUUUGCCCAGACGACCAGCUCAUGGGCGCGCGCGCACUAGACAUUAGGUUUGACGCUCGCAGCUGACAGUUGGGCGUCUCUCCAAAAUUAGAUCUGUCUUUUGUAUGCUGUACUAGUCAACCGGGUACAAGCAGUGUCAAGCACGACUCCAACUCUCACCACUUUGGCGUAUAGAUCCUCCCCACCUUAUGGCCGGCAGCAAUCAAGAAUAUUUCCAGUCUCCCUUGUACCAAAUCCCUGAGCGAGAUCCCGUCAUUCCUGGGGGAGCUCCUCAGUGGAGCAACGAGCCCGGAGUAAGUUACAAAGAUCGCGCAGUGCCAAGUGUAACACAACCUGUGGGAUACAAGCCUACGGACGACCAGCUUUUCGAGCGCAAUGCAUACGGAGAACUGCUGCCCAAUGCAGAAUUUUUGAAGAAGCAUUUCUUCCACGAGGGUCGUCUGACUGAGGCCCAGGCUUUGCGUAUUCUCCAACAGGCUACCUCGCUAUUGUCACGAGAACCUAACCUUGUGAACGUAGAGAGUCCUGUGACAAUAUGCGGCGAUAUCCAUGGGCAAUACUAUGAUUUGAUGAAAUUACUUGAGAUCGGUGGAACUUUUUCUGAUAAUGCCUAUCUAUUCCUCGGGGAUUAUGUUGAUCGCGGAAAUUUUGGGAUCGAAUGUCUGCUUUAUCUAUAUGCGCUCAAGCUCCAAUACCCAAAGCACAUCACCCUACUACGGGGCAAUCACGAAUGCCGUCAUCUAACGGAAUACUUCACUUUCAAACGAGAAUGUCUCCACAAAUAUUCACCAGCAGUAUAUGAUGCCUGUAUAGCUUCAUUCUGCGCUCUUCCGGUAUCAGCGCUCGUAGAUAACCGCUUUUUCUGCGUCCACGGAGGUCUUUCGCCAGAGUUGGUGACGUUGGAUGAUUUGCGCAGGCUCAAUCGGUUCCAGGAGCCUGGAUCGAGUGGCUUAUUGUGUGAUCUGUUAUGGUCCGAUCCUGUGGUUAACUUUGGAUACGAACACGAACAUUCACCGCAGGGUCCUCCCCUGCCUCCUGGCACCACGUUCGAGCAUAACGGGGUGCGAGGAUGUUCAUACUUCUUUACAUAUGAGGCGGCGUGCAAAUUUCUGGAACGCAAUAACUUGCUGGGGAUUGUGCGCGGGCACGAAGCUCAGGAUGCAGGAUACAUGAUGUAUAGAAAGACACCAACGAAGAAGUUUCCCUCCGUCAUCACAGUAUUUUCCGCGCCGAACUAUCUGGAUGUAUAUCACAACCGUGGAGCAGUGAUCAAGUACGCGAACAAGAAUAUCACUAUCCGCCAAUACAAUUCGAGUUCUCAUCCAUACUGGCUUCCCAAUUUCAUGGAUGGAUUUACGUGGAGCCUGCCUUUCGUCGGUGCUAAGAUCACGGAGAUGUUACUCGCGAUCUUAUCAACGUGCAGCCCUGAAGAGCUAGAAGACACCGAAGUUUCUUUCGAAGAAGGAGAUGAAACCAGCCGGGACGUUACGGACCUUGCCCUACCGCCUUCAGAAGUUGCGGCACGUAGGCAGGCAAUUAAGAACAAGAUUCUUGCGGUCGGAAAGAUGCAACGGGUCUUCCAGCUUCUUCGCGAGGAGGCCGAGAACGCGUCAGAAUUGGCUGAGGUCACAGGCGAGGAGACCAUCGAUGGUCUGGGCCGUGUCGGGUCAGAUAUGCUCACAGCGCAAGGCACACAAAUGAGGCACUAUAUUCGCAACUUCGCCGACGCUCGCCGCUCAGAUAUGCUGAAUGAGCGUCUGCCGAUAUUCCAACCAACGGAUUCGGUGAAUGACUUCCCUGUGAUACCAGCACCGAGUAUGCGGCGCCGUGGCAGCGGCGACAUCGACGGAGUGAGUAUGGAGGAAUUGAUCCGCCGGGCAUUGGAGGAACCCGAUGAUGACGGUCAUCAGGGCGGAACGGUAGAACGAAUUGCUGAGCGUGUCGCAAUCGGGAGGAUAGUAACUGGGAAACCAAUGCCUUUGAAGAGAUUUGAGACUACGUGACGAUCUAUGGAUGACAGGACUAUAUAACUGCUGUACCUGAGGAGGAUACCUUUGAUACCUGUUUCGAUUGUUGUAUGUUACACACACUGGUACAUCACUUAACGACUGAAAUGCAACUAAGACAGUUCGACCACAAAUCAUUAUCAGUACCCUAACAGAAUGUUGUUUGACUACUUGAGAGGAAUGUCUGAAAGAGUUCAUACUGAAUGGUGCUCGAUUGUCAGCAAAACUCAUAUAAAGGAAUCAAGCACACCUUCUAAAUAAUCAGCCGCAAGGAGCCUAAUCGACGCACGUUUAUUCAGAUCAUAACGGAACAGAUAACGAUGUGACACACAGUUCCAGGGCCACCUCAGGUGGUAUGCGUUCGGUGA